UUGUCACGUGCAGGAGCAGUCGGACUCAACGAGUAGGACCCAGUCUGUAAGCAGGUACAAGUGUCGCGUGCCGGUAAUAAACCGCACCAAAGCAUAACGGUCGCUCCAUUCCAUCUACCUGGCUUCUUCAUACAUAAAGCUUACAUUCAAUCGAUCGAAUCUCGGCUGAGGAGGAGAGAGAGAAACAGAUCAUAUCUGUCCGAUCGUUCGAAGGAACUGCUCCUCGUGGAACCAUCGAACCACCGAUUAAUCGAGAAAAAUCAAGGAACCGAACGUUUAUCCGGCCGUAAUAAACAUGUCGUCGGAUAUCAGAAAGAUUACGAUCAAGCUGGGACCGUUGGUCGUACGCAACGACGGCGACGAAUAUCUGCCCAUGCAAAUAACGGUCGACGGUGGGAGUUCCGUCGUGUGGAUCGAGCAAGAUCUCAAGAAGUGCAAGGAUAAUACGUUCUUCUACGAAUUUGCAUACCGCGCCGGACAAGGGAAGGAGGAGGAGGGGGGCGACACCUCCGGACAGAUCACUAACAAACGUACGUCAUCGCUCGCUCGGGUGGUGAAGAAAGAGUACGAUAACUUGAAUCUCGGGAAAAAGGCGAUCGCCGACGAGGCCCCGACCACCCCUAAAUCGUCGAAUGAGUCGCCGACCGCCGUUACCGCGGCCAUGAAAAAAGUGAAAAUCACCGAGCCGGUUGAUAGGAGUCUGAUGCCGAAAAUACAAAAAUUUCUUAGACACAACGAUGCUAUAAGCGCUCUUGCCGUUGACGACGAAUGGAUGAUUACCGGUUGUCGCGGCGGUACGUUGCACGUUUGGACCAUAAAUGGAAAACAUCGUCUCUUGAUUCCUGCCCACAAGUCGUCCGUCGAAGCCGUGGCAUGGAUACACAAGAACAAGGACGUUGCCAGAUUCGUUAGCGUAUCGAAGGACGAAACUACUAUGAUAUGGGACUGGAAUAUCGAUGACCAUUCUGUGAGCAGCAUACAGUGUACGCACCAACGCUUGGGCACCUAUGGUUGGUUCGACACGGUUUCCGUUAAUCAGGACAAGACCACUAUGGUUUGCGGAGGAUGGGACUCCAUGCUGAAAUUUUGGUCGACGGAACCCGGAGAGAAAACCAAGCCCACUAUCGAGGCAUUGCCGGCACGCAACCAUAGAGGAGUGAUGCAAUUGAUGAAAGGCCAUACAGGCGUUAUCACCGGUGUAGUCUGGUCGGAUAAAAACGAAAUUAUAUCGUGCUCGUUGGACGAGACGGUGAAAGUCUGGGAUUACGAACAGAGCAAAAUCAAACAGGAAUUCAGCGACAAGGAAAGUUUUUACAAGCUCGAUUAUUCGCCAUUGAAUCGUUGCAUAAUAGCGUCCACCUACGACCAAGUUCGUUUGUACGAUCUGAGAGCAGCAGAUGGCAAGCUCGAGAAAACGUUGUUCGCUCAGCGCAAGGAACCGAUGAGAUGUCUGAAAUGGUCGACCGUGGACGAGCAUAAGUUCAUCUUGGCGGGCGGUAAAAUGCAAGUUUGGGACACCAGAAACCCGAAAUCACCGUUGUACGACCUACGCGGGCACGACGAGGAAGUGUUAUGCUGCGACUGGUCGAAUCCAAAGUUCAUGGUGUUCGGUGGCGAGGACAGCAUCGUAAGAAUAUUCGAAUCACCGCGCGUAACUAAGGACGAUGAAUAAACGAUGAAUAAACGCGGCAUUUAUCGAUGAAUACAUGUAUUUAAUGAUUGGUC